AAAAUGAUUAGAUGUGAUCACAGUUCCCAAAGUAUAUAAAAUUCAUUGGUAGUAUUGUACAUAAACAAAAACAGUCAUCCUCUAAUCACAGUCAAGUAGUGUAGUUAUAAGCAGUUACCACACAGUUCGCCAUUUUUUUUAGCUCUGCUGUGUUCUGUUUGCGUUUCGUCGUUAAUUUCCAACUAAAAAUUCUUAUAUAUCAUCUCCAAUAAACAUCUCGAUCGAGCUCGAUCGAUCCGAACAAAGAUAUGGCGGAAACUUUGAGUUCUUUAAGGUCACUAAUGGCUUCUCACUCUCCUCCUCUCGAUGCUUUAGUUGUCCCUUCUGAAGAUUAUCAUCAGAGUGAGUACGUUUCCGCUAGAGAUAAACGGCGUCAAUUUGUUUCUGGUUUCACCGGAAGCGCAGGUUUGGCGCUUAUUACAAUGACGGAAGCAAGACUGUGGACCGAUGGAAGGUAUUUCUUGCAGGCUACACAGCAACUUAGUGAUGAGUGGACACUUAUGCGUAUGGGAGAGGAUCCUCCUGUUGAUACUUGGAUGGCUGAUAAUUUGCCGGAACAAGCAUCUGUUGGUAUUGAUCAAUGGUGUAUAUCAGUAGACGCUGCACAGAGGUGGGAGUCUGCUUUUGCUGAAAAACAACAGAAGCUGGUUCAAACUAUAACCAACUUGGUAGAUGAGGUUUGGAAAGAUAGACCACCAGCAGAAACAAAUCCAGCUGUUAUCCAUCCAUUGAAAUUUACAGGUUUGUCAGUCGCAGACAAGUUGCAGGGUCUGAGAGAAAAGCUUAGAUUUGAGAGAGCUCGUGGGAUGAUCAUUGCAACACUAGAUGAGGUUGCUUGGUUGUAUAACAUUCGUGGCAGUGAUGUGUCCUAUUGUCCUGUUGUUCAUGCAUUUGCUAUAGUAACACUUAGCUCAGCCUUCCUUUAUGUGGACAAGAAGAAGGUCUCCAACGAGGUACACUCUUAUUUGAAGGAAAAUGGGAUUGAAGUUCGUGAGUACACUGAAGUGAGCUCAGAUGCUGUUUCGCUUGCAUCUGAUAAGCUUCGACCAUCUGCAGUCAAAGGAACUGAUGCUGAAAAGAUCCGUUCUUGUGAGACAUCCGUAGAAAAUGGUGCAUCUGAAUUAGAAGGAAACCAAAUUGACCUUAUAUGGGUUGAUCCUGGUUCUUGCUGCUAUGCAUUAUAUUCAAAGUUGGAUUCUGAUAAAGUUCUCCUGAAGCAGUCUCCUCUGGCUCUUGCAAAAGCUCUGAAGAACCCAGUUGAGUUGGAGGGCAUGAAAAACGCACAUAUUCGUGAUGGUGCCGCUGUUGUGGAAUAUCUCGUCUGGUUGGAUAAGCAGAUGCAAGAUAUUUAUGGUGCUUCUGGUUACUUCCUGGAAGGGGAAAGUGCAAACAAGAAAAAGGAUUCGGAAACUAGGAAACUCACUGAGGUGACCGUAAGUGACAAGCUGGAAGGUUUUCGAGCAUCAAAAGAGCAUUUUAGAGGCUUGAGCUUCCCUACAAUUUCAUCAGUGGGUCCAAAUGCUGCAAUCAUCCAUUAUUCUCCAGAAGCUGAAAGUUGUGCGGAGCUUGACCCAAAUAGCAUCUACCUUUUUGAUUCUGGAGCUCAGUAUCUGGAUGGGACAACUGAUAUAACUCGCACAGUACACUUUGGAAAACCAUCAGCACAUGAAAAAGCAUGCUAUACUGCGGUUCUCAAGGGACAUAUUGCCCUCGGUAAUGCCCGAUUUCCUAAUGGAACAAAUGGUCAUGCUCUUGACAUUCUUGCCCGCAUCCCUUUAUGGAAGUAUGGGCUUGAUUACCGGCAUGGCACUGGUCAUGGAAUCGGGUCUUACUUGAAUGUUCAUGAAGGGCCCCAUUUGAUUAGUUUCAGACCACAGGCUCGUAAUGUGCCCAUUCAAGCUUCCAUGACUGUAACAGAUGAACCCGGAUACUAUGAAGAUGGGAACUUUGGCAUAAGAUUGGAGAAUGUACUUAUAGUUAAGGAUGGUAACACACCAUUCAAUUUUGGUGAAAAGGGCUACUUAGCCUUUGAGCACAUUACAUGGGCGCCUUAUCAGAAAAAGCUAAUCGAUCUAAGUCUGUUAUUACCCGAUGAGGUCGAAUGGCUGAACACCUAUAAUUCAAGAUGCAGGGAUAUUUUGGCCCCAUAUUUAAACGAAUCUGAGAACGCAUGGCUGAAGAAAGCCACCGAACCUAUCGUCGCAUAAGGUGGAGUUUAUGUGUUCUGUCGUGGCAGCUCUUCCUGUGUAAAAGGGAAAUAAAGUGAAGAAACACUGAUAUAUCUCAGUUUGUUACUUUUACAGAUUCUUAAUUAUGAUUUUAUUUUAAUAUUGGAAAUUAAUCUUUAUGGGGAUCAGUUUGUAUUCCCGAUUUCUGUAACCUUGUCGAUCUUUUGAGGCUAUAUUUUGAAUUUUUCUACUUAUUUAUUAUCA